AUGGCAUUGGGAUUGCAGGGUUCAAAAUCCCUCGGAGUCUUUGUUCUUCUACUCCUCCUUGCUGCUAUCGGCGCCGUGGCCGGAGCAUCGCCAGCCCCAAAAUCCAGUAACAAAACAAGCAUCGGAGAAGGAGGAGGAGGAAGCAUCUACGAUCACCUCCGGCAAUAUGGGUUACCCAUCAGCCUCCUCCCCAAAGGCAUCACGGAAUAUUCCCUCGACGAUUCCAGCGGUGAAUUCCGGGUGUUUCUGCCCCAACCUUGCCGCGCCAAGUUCGAGAAUCAGGUUCGGUACGAUUUCAACGUCUCUGGGACUCUCACUUUCGGCCGAAUCGCCGACUUAUCCGGCGUCUCCGCUCAGGAACUCUUCCUCUGGUUUUUGGUGAAAGGUAUCUGA